UAUGUACAGGCUAAAGCAUGAUGUACAAGUGGAUGGCAGGAAAAUCUUGACCUACACGUACCCAUAACACCCGCAGAAUCUUGCAUGUCACAAACCCCUCUAUAUAGUAUAAGUGAACACAAAGAUUUAUCAUCAUAAUCCAUACAUAAUCUUAUGGGACCAACAAAAGCGAAGUUAGUAGUCAUUGCACUGAUUUGGGCUACUCUGGUAUUGGAAAGUACAACAGUGUCAAGAAUAGUAGAAGAUCUGGUGGUGGAACAGUGUAACAAGCACCACUGCAAACAUGAUAUCAACGAAAAGAUGAUGGCGAAGAUAGAAACAGAGACAAGUGGGCAGCAAGAAGAGGAAAAAGAUCCCUUCUGCGAAGCCUUUUCCAAACUCUUUGAAGGACUCUAUCAAAAUUGCAUGACCGUUUGCCCCCGCACCAAGACCAAACCAGAGGCCCACAAAAGCUAUCUGUCCGGAUGCAUCACGUCCAUGAGUACGGACAACGAGCAAGUGUUCGAGACAUGGUGCAGUAUACUUCAAGAAGAGCCGCUUACUAUAUAAGGUGUAUGCCAGGAGAGAAUUCCCGGAGCUGUUACCUCUACAUAAAUGCUUAUAAAUCUCUUACGAGGAGUAUUUAGAUUGAAAUUGAGUUCCCAGUUAAAGCAGUCACGAGAGAUCAUCCCCAGCUUUCAUAAAAGUUUUAAGAGAACAUCAAAUUU